UCCCGGCUCCCGCCCCAGCUGCCGCCAGCCGGCUCGCCCGUGCAGCGGCGAUGCCCCGGAGCGUCGACCCCGGUCCUGGUCCCUGGCCCGCAGCGUAAUUAGCCUCCGCGCGCCCAGAGCGCGCCGCCGCCAACGCCGCGCCCGACGCAGCGAUGGGCAACACGGUGCACCGGACCCUGCCAGACCCGAGCCCACCGGCGCGCCUCCUGGCCACCCGGCCGUGCUGCGGCCCCGGCCCCGAGCGGCGCCCGGUCCUGGGCGAGGCGCCGCGCUUCCACGCGCAGGCCAAAGGCAAGAACGUGCGGCUGGACGGCCACUCGCGCCGGGCCACGCGGCGCAACAGCUUCUGCAACGGCGUCACGUUCACGCAGCGGCCCAUCCGGCUGUACGAGCAGGUGCGGCUGCGCCUGGUGGCCGUGCGCCCGGGCUGGAGCGGCGCGCUGCGCUUCGGCUUCACUGCGCACGAUCCGUCGCUCAUGAGCGCCCAGGACAUCCCCAAGUACGCCUGCCCGGACCUGGUCACGCGGCCGGGCUACUGGGCCAAGGCACUGCCCGAGAACCUGGCGCUGCGCGACACGGUGCUGGCCUACUGGGCGGACCGCCACGGCCGCGUGUUCUACAGCGUGAACGACGGCGAGCCGGUGCUCUUCCACUGCGGCGUGGCCGUGGGCGGCCCGCUCUGGGCGCUCAUUGACGUCUACGGCAUCACCGACGAGGUGCAGCUUCUGGAGAGCGCCUUCGCCGACACGCUGACGCCCGCGCGCCUCAGCCAGGCCCGCUUCAGCGCCUGCCUGCCGCCCAGCAGCCACGACGCGGCCAACUUCGACAACAACGAGCUCGAGAACAACCAGGUGGUGGCCAAGCUGGGCCACCUGGCGCUGGGCCGCGCCUCGGGCCCACCGCCAGCCGACGCCGCGGCCGCCGCCAUCCCGUGCGGGCCCCGUGAGCGCCCGCGGCCCGCGUCGUCGCCAGCGCUACUGGAGGCCGACCUGCGCUUCCACGCAACACGCGGGCCCGACGUGAGCCUGUCGGCCGACCGCAAAGUGGCCUGCGCGCCACGGCCCGACGGCGGCCGCACGCUGGUCUUCUCCGAGCGCCCGCUGCGGCCCGGCGAGAGCCUCUUUGUGGAGGUGGGCCGUCCGGGGCUGGCGGCGCCCGGCGUGCUGGCCUUCGGCAUCACGUCGUGCGACCCGGGCGGGCUACGGCCCAACGAGCUGCCCGCCGACCCAGACGCGCUGCUCGACCGCAAGGAGUACUGGGUGGUCGCGCGCGCGGGUCCCGUGCCGAGCGGCGGCGACGCGCUCAGCUUCACGCUGCGGCCCGGCGGCGACGUGCUCCUGGGCGUCAACGGGCGUCCGCGCGGCCGCCUGCUGUGCGUCGACACCACGCAGGCGCUCUGGGCCUUCUUCGCCGUGCGCGGCGGCGUCGCGGGCCAGCUGCGUCUCCUCGGUACCCUGCAGUGCAGCCCUGCGACCACGACUCCGUCAGGGUCCCUCAGCGGCUCCCAGGAUGAUAGCGAUUCAGACAUGACUUUCAGUGUCAACCAGUCCUCCUCGGCAUCUGAGUCAUCCCUGGUGACGGCCCCCAGCUCCCCACUGAGCCCCCCGGUGUCCCCCAUGUUCUCCCCACCGGAGCCGGCAGGCAUCAAGAAUGGCGAGUGCACGGUGUGCUUCGAUGGCGAGGUGGACACGGUCAUCUACACGUGUGGACACAUGUGCCUGUGCCACAGCUGCGGCCUGCGGCUCAAGCGGCAGGCCCGGGCCUGCUGCCCCAUCUGCCGGCGGCCCAUCAAGGACGUCAUUAAGAUCUACAGGCCAUAGCCUAGCCCGCCCACGGGCCUUGGCCAGAGCAAGGUCACCUUUCUGAAGCCCCCCUGGGCUGGGCAACCACAUGGCUGCCAGGGAGUCCAAGGGCAGCGGCCGUCUCUCCAGUGGUGGGCAAGGCGUGACAGUCGUGGAGCGAGGCCCGCGGGGCCUCAGCCCAGGCAGGGCUUGCUUCCGGCUCCAAAGUGCUUUGCCCCCAAAAGGCCGUCCCAAGAGCAAGCUCAGGAACUGCCUGGCAGAUCACCCUGUCCCUUGGUGACCUUUCAACUGGGAAACAGCGUCCUCUGUCUGUGCAAUGCUUCUUGCUGGGGUUGGGUUGAGUGUGAGAGAGGGGGAGGGGAGGGAGGGAGAACAGAGAGAAUGUGUGUGAGAGAGAGAGAGAGAGAGAAUGAACGUGUAGCGAUUUUACCAGGGGUCCCGGCUCCGGGAGGAAAUGUGGAAUCCGGAGCCCCGACGUUGGCAUGACUAGAAGUUGUUCACUUUCUGGGGAUGGGACAUAAGCUGGUUUUGAAUGUAUGAAGCUGACCCUAACAGAACUCCCUGGGGUGGUGUAGAAAAGAGAUGCUCAGAUUUUCUAAGGGGAGGCAAAAAUAACUCAUUGUUUACAGCUCCGAAGCGUGAACUCCUUGAGGGGUAGGUGGGCAGAGAACAAUUCACUUCUUCAUUUCUUACUGGGUCUUAGAGCUGGGUGUGAUGGGCACCAAGGCCAAGCCCUCUGGUCUGUGUCAUCUUUUCACCCCUUCACCCCCAGACUGUCUAAUAAUACACACAUCAUACCUUGUCUCCGUCUCUGGAGGCAAGUCUCUGUAAUGCCCCUCCCCAUCUCCAAGGAGAAGACCAGCAGUAGGUUCUGUUUUUCUCUGGAAGAGAAAGAAUCCUAGAGGCAGGUGACCCACCUGGAGCUGGAAAGUCCACUCCACGACGCAGACAGCUCUCACCUUCCUGCGGUGGUCCCUGGACCUGGCAUUCCCAGGGGACCUGCUGGCAGGAGGAGGAACGAGGGCUUUAUAACUUUGGUUAUAACUUUUGGUCUUUGUUCUGAUUCUGAGUGUAUCUUCCUCCGCUGGUUACUAAAGUGUUCACUGAUAAGUAUGUUAACUAAUGAUGGAGACAGUAACUAAAAAUGCUGGCAUUGGGAUGCUCUCCCUUCCCAGACCUAUCUGCUGGUAUUUCCUGGGACCCUGGCCCUGCCCCACCCCCUCAGCCCUGCCCAUCUCUGCAGACUCCCAGACCACACCCGGGCCGAUGGGCUGGCCCAGGCCUGUCCCUCCGUUCCUGCCCCCAGUUCUGGGCUCCACCUCUGCCCUCUUCUGUGCUGUCCCAUUAGGGAAGUCCUUUGGCCUGUCUUAUUUUUCAGUUCCCAAUUAGAAGUCUAGAACCUGCCAACUCCAAGAGUUCUUGGGAGGACCAGCACAACGUUCUAAAAAGCCUGGGACGCCUUACAAAAA